AAUAGCCAUGCAGUAAAAACUCCUGCUUUAAGCUUUCCUUUUAAUUACAAACAAAGCAGCAGAAGUCAGAUAUGUGAUUACUGCAACAUCAGGGCAUCUUUUUAGAAUCCUGCUUUGGUCACUAUCAUUCAAAGCAACUCUAAAUGCCAUUUUCGCCUGCCUCUUUAUGCUAAUCAGCCUAGCCCACUCGGCUCCUCCUUCUUCCAGCCUCCCUUAAGAACUGUUCACUUUCAGCUGUCACGGAGGGAAAGUCAGACCAGGCUUAGAAAUCACUUGAUUUAACUCAGUAGCACUUUUUCUUUCCUUUGUGUAUGUGUUACUCUGCAGUCAUCUCUAAAUACUCAGGACAUUAGAUUCACAUCAGCAGAAGGAGUCAAUAAUUGCAAAACUAUAAUAUGUUAGAAAAAGGGUUACUUCACAGGAUUUUACACUGUAAGAGGGGAAGUUUCAAUGUGCUUUGAAAUAAAAGAAGAAUUAGUUGUACUUUUAACCUUCAUGUGUAGGAGAAGCUACAAGUUGGUAAAUAUUUAUUUCAAGAAUCAUGACUGGGAAGCACUUGGAAAUGUAUUAGAGAAGUAAAUGUUUUUCCAGGCAAGGACAGGAUCUGCUUGUACCUCUGUAGUUCUGGGUAAAGUGUGACACCGUUCUAGGUGACAGGCCAAGAGAAGGGAUACCCUACUAUCCUGGAGCCGCAGCCAUACUGCCAGUACCUUGUCUAUCAUGCAAAGAAAAGGCAGUAGCCACCUGUUCAACAAUGUGCACACCUGUAGACUGAAGCUUCCUCAGGAACAGCAACAUCAAGAAAAAUCUAUCAUUGCUCAACCAAUAUUUGUUUUUGAAAAGAGAGAACAAACUUCUAAGAGACCUGCAGAAGACAUCCUAUAUGAAGCAGCAGAACGUGAAUGCAAUGAAUUUUCAAGAAAGCGUGUCCGGGCUUCAUCUUCUACUUGGCAUACUACAGAUUCUCAGAACCAAGAAGUGAAGAAAAACAAUGUUUUUAUGACAUCAAACUCUGUGCAAAGGAAUGCUGAUCUGAACAGUGCAGAACAAGGUCCUGUGAAACAUUCUGAGCUUGUUCUAAGACCUGCUAUUUUGCAGCCACCUCAAGCUCAAGGGUAUAUAAAGGUAAGAAAAUCAUUUGGACACAAUGUGUUGGAAUCCUGUAAGGUUAAAGAAAAAAACAAAAGUAAGAUUUAUGAGGGGAACUCCUAUUUGCUAAGUGAAAACUUACCAAAUGCCAGAAUUUCAAUCCAGCUGUCUACUAAUCAGAAUGCUUUAGGUACUACAUCACUACGAUGUCAACCAAAUGAAGAUAAAUAUUCUAUGAAAAGCUGCAGUUCUGAUUUCGUUUUUGGAGAAAACAUGGUAGAAAGAGUUUUGGGUACUCAAAAACUCACUCAGCCUCAACUUGAAAGUGAUUUAUACAUCAAGGAAAAACCAUUCAAAUUCACUCUAAAAAUUCCUAUCAACUCUCCAAACUCAAGAACAGACACUAUUGAAAAUAUAUCCCUAAUUGAAUCAGCUACUGCUUUCUCUUUUAAACCAUCACCAAAAUGUUUGCUGGAGAAAAUUGAUGUUAUAACAGGGGAGGAGGCAGAACACAAUGUGUUAGAGAUCAACUGCAAGCUUUUUAGAUUCAACAAAACAACACAGUCCUGGACUGAAAGGGGCAGAGGAGCUUUGAGACUGAAUGACACAGCACGCAGUGAUUGCGGAACAUUCCAGUCAAGAUUAAUUAUGCGCAAUCAAGGCAGCCUGAGGCUGAUUCUCAACAGCAAACUCUGGGCUCAGAUGGAGAUUCAAAGAGCAAAUCACAAAAAUUUACAAAUAACAGCUACUGAUUUAGAAGACUGUAACGUCAAAGUGUUUUUAAUUCAGGCCAGUGCCAAAGACACAGGACGUAUGCAUGCAGCCAUCCAUCACCGUCUUGUUGCACUUCGAAGCUUCGACAAGCAGACAGAUGCAAAUCAAACUGAAAGCCAGUCAGAGACAGUCCUCCAACAGUGUAACUAUGAUAGCUGUGAUGAGGAUGAAGAGGAUCUCAUCCAAGCCACUAAAGCGAGAUCAGAUUCUUAUAGGCGGACCCACAGACAGUCGGUUGCCUGUUCAUGAAUACUGCUAUGAACAUGACAACAUCUA